GGUCUUUUGUAUUAAAUUAGCAUGGAUUUAACUUUUUCCAUAGUAGAUGUAAUAUUUAGAUUAUGAAACAUAUAUCUUCAUAAGCUCUUGUGUUUUCAUUGACAUUGAUCACUAGUGAUGAGGGCACCAUGGAUGGAUCUGUUAUUGUUUUGCUUGUUUCUCAUCUUAUAUUGCUACUUAGCGACUGCCCAGACCCCCGUUGAUUACCCUACUGCAAAUCUUUCCACCACAUGGACCAACACUGAAUCUUUCCACCAUUCUGUUUUGUUGUUGGAUGGCUCAAGGGUCCGAGCCAUCCUCUUUAGAGGAUCACUCGGACCCGGAUUCGCCUGUGGUUUCUAUUGCAAUGACACCUGCACCUCUUACUAUUUCUCUGUCUUUUAUGUCCAAAGCAAUAGUAGUACUAGUGGUACCGUUGAACCAGGUUACUGGUACCCUCAAGUGGUGUGGUCAGCAAACCGGGACCAUCCAGUUAGCUAUGGUGCAACACUGAGUCUCACUGCAACUGGAGACUUGGCCCUGCAGGAUGUUGAUGGAAGCAUAGUUUGGAAUACCAACACUACAGGGAAAUCUGUUGCUGGUUUGAACUUAACUGAUGAUGGAAACCUAGUGUUGUUUGAUGCCAAUAGAUCUGUGGUUUGGCAAUCCUUUGAUUACCCAACUGACUGUUUGGUACUGGGGCAAAGACUGUUUCAAGGACAGCAGCUGAUACCUAGUGUUUCAUCAACUAAUUGGACGGCCCAAAAAGGUUUGUUUUCUCUUCAAGUGAAAGAUGAUGGUUUCUUUGCUUAUGCUGGAUCAAACCCGCCUCUAGCCUAUUACGUCAGGUUGGUCUCAAUCAACGAUGCAUAUACAGGAAGAAGAUAUGCUAGGUUCUUGAAUGGUAGUUUGUCUUUCUUCAUUUCUUCGGUUGAUCCAAGUGAUCCUGAUGGCGUGAUUCCCAUACCUCGAGCUUCAUCAGCCCAAUAUAUGAAACUGAUGUCGGACGGGCAUUUGAAAGUGUUUCAAUGGCGAAAAUAUUGGUUAGUGGUGUCUGAUCCAUUUAGCGAUUAUAUUGAAGAGUGUGAUUAUCUUAUGGCUUGUGGGAGAAAUGGCAUUUGCUCGGGUAAUCAACAGUGUAGUUGUCCAGUCUCACGCUCUGCCGGGAUACCCUAUUUCAGAGCAGUGAACGAUCGGCAGCCAAACCUGGGUUGCUCUGAAAUUACUCCUCUCAUAUGCAAUGCCAUCCAAGAUCAAACUUUUAUUGAACUUGAGAAAGUUAGGUACUUCGACUUUGUUGCAGACAUGAAGAGUGUGGACUCAGAGACUUGCAAACAAGCAUGUCUUAACAAUUGCUCAUGCAAAGCAGCUCUGUUUCAGUAUGAUUCCGAAUCUUCAAGUGGGGAUUGUUUUUUACCUUUUGAGUUGUUCACAUUGAUAAAUGCUGAUCAAGAAAUAAAUCGUAAGACUACUAUAGCUUUCAUAAAAGUGCAGAAUGUAAGAUCACCUCCCUCAGCUUCUAAGUCUCGGUCAAAUUUAGGAGUUAUAUUAACGUUUACUAUUGGAAGUGUUUUGUUUCUGAUUGGGGUUAUAGGUUUUCUUAUUAACAUAACUCGUAAGCGAAGACGGGACACUCAAAUGGAGGAGUGUAUAGGCGAGGUACCAGGAUUGCCAAAUCGGUUUUCUUAUGAGGAAUUGAAAACCACCACAGGGAAUUUCAAUAAAAAACUUGGUGAAGGGGGAUUCGGAGCAGUUUUCAAAGGGACUCUUGAAGAUGGCUCAACGAUUGCAGUAAAAUGUCUCGAGGGUCUUGGGCAGGUUAACAAAUCAUUUCUUGCUGAGGUUCAAUCCAUUGGAAGCAUUCACCAUGUGAAUCUGGUUACACUCAGAGGCUUUGGUGCCUGGAAAGCACAACGUUUUCUCGUGUAUGAAUUCAUGAGUAACGGAUCGUUAGAUCGCUGGAUCUACCAUGGAGACCGAGAACAGGUUCUGGAAUGGAAAUGCAGAAAGAAAAUCAUUCUUGAUGUAGCCAAGGGUCUAGCAUAUCUUCAUGAAGAAUGUAGGCAAAAAAUCAUCCACCUAGACAUUAAACCUCAAAACAUAUUGCUAGACAGUGAUUUCAAUGCCAAAGUAUCUGAUUUCGGGUUGUCAAAGCUCAUUGACAGAAAUCAAUCCCAAGUGAUGACUACGAUGAGAGGAACCCCAGGGUAUCUAGCUCCAGAAUGGUUAAGCUCAGUUAUUACUGAGAAAGUUGACGUAUACAGUUUCGGGAUCGUUCUCUUGGAGAUGCUGUGUGGGAGGAAGAAAUUUGACAGAUCUCAGCCUGAAGAAAGUUGGAACUUACUUGAUGUCCUUCAAAAAUCAUGGGAACAAGGGACUCUGCAAGAUAUGGUUGAUAAGUAUAGCGAAGACAUAAAGACACACAGCUCAGAAGUUGUAGACAUGAUUAAAGUGGCUUCAUGGUGUUUACAAUACGAUUUUACGAAAAGGCCUUCCAUGUCGACGGUGGUUAAGGUGUUAGAAGGAGUAAUGAAAGUCGAAUCUAGGUUGGAUUACAACUUCACAGAUCCGAGACUUCAAAACGCAGCAGUUGAAGAAGAGAAAGAUAUGACACAAUUGAUGGCUUCUGUUCUGUCUGGUCCUAGGUAAGUAACCAUCUGUUUCUUCCUUGUCGAUAACUUCCACACACAUUCUUAGGUAGCGUUCGUUUCGUGGAUUGUAAUGAAAUUGGAAUUCGCGCCGAAAUUGAAAUUUGAUUUAGAAUUUUGAUG